AUGAAAAUCCAUCACUUUGUCGUGAGCAUUGUAGUGCUCUUGCUUAUGCAGCUUACUGAAGCUCGGCCAUGGACUCUACGUGCGCGGGAUGUAACUCAACAGUGCUCGACAAGUUUCCGUAUUGGAAGUGCUAACGGAGGUACGAUUAUUGGGUCGGUCAAUGUGGUAGUUGAUGUCACAACACAAAGCAUCGUUGUUACAUACCCACCAGCUCCUGCCGGGGCCUCGUAUCAGGAAGCUCAUUUCUAUGUCGGAACUUCGCCUCCCGCGACUGGUAACCCGGGUGGUUUUCCAUAUAGCGCUGGAGGCGCAGGCUCGACCUGCACCGGCUCAACGUGCUCCAUUCAGAUCCCAGGUCCGAUAUCGUCCAUCAAGUGCGGAGCUAAACUGUACUUCGCCGCCCAUGCUUCUCUAUCGGGACCGAAUGGCGGUACCGGAUGGGCUUUAGGAACUUGCUACAGCUGUGGUAACUGUAACACAGCAACUUGUCCUAAUUAUUUCUCUUGCACCAUCACAUGCCCGACUACAACGACCACUACAACGACCACUACGACGACCACUACGACGACCACUCAGCCUACUACCACUACCACCACGACAACUACCACUACUACCACUGAACCUACUACUACGACUACAACGACUACAACGACUGAGCCAACCACUACAACUACAACUACCACCACUACCACUGAACCUACUACUACGACUACAACGACUGAGGAAACCACUACAACUACCACUGAGGAAACCACUACUACUACCACCACUGAGCCAACCACUACAACUACAACUACCACCACUACCACUGAACCUACUACUACGACUACAACGACUGAGGAAACUACUACAACUACAACUACCACCACUACCACUGAACCUACUACUACUACUACCACUGAAGAAACCACUACUACUACCACUGAGGAAACCACUACUACUACCACCACUGAGGAGACCACUACUACAACUACUCAGCCUACCACUACUACCACCACUGAGGAAACUACUACUACUACUACCACUGAGGAAACCACUACUACUACCACCACUGAGGAAACCACUACUACCACCACUGAGGAAACCACUACUACAACUACUCAGCCUACCACUACUACUACCACUACCGAGGAAACUACUACUACAACUACUCAGCCUACCACUACUACCACCACUGAGGAAACUACUACUACUACUACCACUGAGGAAACCACUACUACUACCACCACUGAGGAAACCACUACUACCACCACUGAGGAAACCACUACUACAACUACUCAGCCUACCACUACUACUACCACUGAGGAAACCACUACUACUACCACCACUGAGGAGACCACUACUACAACUACUCAGCCUACCACUACUACCACCACUGAGGAAACUACUACUACUACUACCACUGAGGAAACCACUACUACUACCACCACUGAGGAAACCACUACUACCACCACUGAGGAAACCACUACUACAACUACUCAGCCUACCACUACUACUACCACUACCGAGGAAACUACUACUACAACUACUCAGCCUACCACUACUACCACCACUGAGGAAACUACUACUACUACUACCACUGAGGAAACCACUACUACUACCACCACUGAGGAAACCACUACUACCACCACUGAGGAAACCACUACUACAACUACUCAGCCUACCACUACUACUACCACUGAGGAAACCACUACUACUACCACUGAGGAAACCACUACUACUACCACCACUGAGCCAACCACUACAACUACAACUACCACCACUACCACUGAACCUACUACUACGACUACAACGACUGAGGAAACUACUACAACUACAACUACCACCACUACCACUGAACCUACUACUACUACUACCACUGAAGAAACCACUACUACUACCACUGAGGAAACCACUACUACUACCACCACUGAGGAGACCACUACUACUACCACUACUGAGGAAACUACUACUACAACUACUCAGCCUACCACUACUACUACCACUGAGGAAACCACUACUACUACCACCACUGAGGAGACCACUACUACCACCACUGAGGAAACUACUACUACAACUACUCAGCCUACCACUACUACCACCACUGAGGAAACCACUACUACUACCACUACUGAGGAAACUACUACUACUACCACUACUGAGGAAACUACUACUACAACUACUCAGCCUACCACUACUACUACCACUGAGGAAACCACUACUACUACCACCACUGAGGAGACCACUACUACCACCACUGAGGAAACUACUACUACAACUACUCAGCCUACCACUACUACCACCACUGAGGAAACCACUACUACUACCACUACUGAGGAAACUACUACUACAACUACUCAGCCUACCACUACUACCACCACUGAGGAGACCACUACUACUACUACUGAAGAGACCACUACUACUACUCAACCUACCACUACUACCACGACUGAGGAAACCACUACUACUACUCAACCUACCACUACUACCACGACUGAGGAAACCACUACUACUACUCAACCUACCACUACUACCACGACUGAGGAAACCACUACUACUACUCAACCUACCACGACUACCACCACUGAGGAGACCACUACUACUACUACUGAAGAGACCACUACUACUACUCAACCUACCACUACUACCACGACUGAGGAAACCACUACUACUACUCAACCUACCACUACUACCACGACUGAGGAAACCACUACUACUACUCAACCUACCACUACUACCACGACUGAGGAAACCACUACUACUACUCAACCUACCACGACUACCACUACUGAGGAAACCACUACUACUACUCAACCUACCACGACUACCACGACUGAGGAAACCACUACUACUACUCAACCUACCACGACUACCACGACUGAGGAAACCACUACUACAACUACUCAGCCUACCACGACUACCACUACUGAGGAAACCACAACUACUACUCAACCUACCACUACUACCACUACCAAAACCAGAACUAAAACUACUUCUACUACUCGUCCGACUACGACGAAGCCAAGCACUACUACCACCAAAACCAGAACUAAAACUACUUCUACUACUCGUCCGACUACGACUAAGCCAAGCACUACUACCACCAAAACCAGAACUAAAACUACUUCUACUACUCGUCCGACUACGACGAAGCCAAGCACUACUACCACCACCAAAACUAAAACUACUCGGUCACACACUAGCACUGUUUCAACAGCAUGUAAGACAUACACGGUCUGCCAACCGGAUUGGGACAAGGAGCGGCAUACUUGGACAACAAAGGCUCGUUCAGAUCAUGAGAUGUCUCAUGAAGAUGACAAUUGGCCCCAUGGUCAUUAG